AUGGAUAAUAAGGCGGUACAAUUGUUCAACGCCAUGCUAAAACAACAACUUCAAUUUCUAGCAAGCAAUCUUCCUCAGGUCUGGAAGUUACAGAUAAAGGUUGUUGUGGAACCGGGAUUACCAUAUCACUCAUCUCUCCUCUCCGCCACCGUCGCCGACCCACGCUCCGCCCGUCAACGAUACCCAUCUGAUCCUGCUCCUUCUUGGUCCAGUCCCAAAAGAAGUAAUUCGACUUCUACAAACCCUACAACCUCUCAGGUUCAAAAUGAAGAUGAUAUUGAUACUACAGAGAAGCUUGGGGCCCAAAACUUUUCACCUUCUGUUACAUCUUUUGCUAGUGCUGACAUGGCAGUGAGACAACGGCCACAUCAGAAGAAGUAUAAGUUGAGAACCGGUCGUGUUAAUGUGUCCCAUUCUCAUAAACCUGGGGAACAGGCUUAUAAGAAGUGGAAUUUAUCAGAAGCUGAAGUAUGUUAUUCAAAGGGUAUUAGUUCAAUACAACAUAUAGAGACACCUGUCGUUUGUAUAAAACCUCUUCUUUUGUGUUAUAGCAAUCGUGCAGCUAUACGCAUGGCUCUUGGAAGAAUGAGGGAAGGUCUAAACGACUGUAGAAUGGCUGUUGCAUUAGAUCCCAAUUUCAUGAAUGUCAACUUAAGAUCUGCAAAGAGAAUCAUAAUUGAAGCUACAGAAGGCCUGCAAAAGGCACAGAAAGUCUCAAAUUAUCUGAAGCUGGCUGCAGAGAUUCUUGAACAGAAAACGCAUGAGUCAGCUCUUCUCAAUAAUGUUUUCUAUCCAUUACUUCUGGUUUACAAGGAGCAUAUAUUUACUAAAUUUGUAGUCAAACUCGCAAGAAUGGAAGAUUUUCAGGUUGAUUUGACAUCAAUUUUUUUCAGAAAGUUCACAAGACUGGAGACAUUUCUCAACUACCUGAUGUACUAUGCCAAGAAACCCAUAGUUGCUGUUGUACAAGGACUUGCACUCAGGGGUGGCUUAGAACUUGCAAUGGGAUGCCAUGCGUGUGUUGCAGCUCCAAGAGCUCAACUUGGCUUACCUGAAUUCUCUCUUGGAGUUAUGCCAGGCUUUGGAGGAGGGGAAGGUGUUCCUAGAGGCUGGUUGUUUUUCAGACACAUCGAAGGUCUUGUUCAUAUAAUGCUUUGCACAAACGUGCAAUCUCAAGUACCUAAAGUUCUGAUGGUGUCUAAAGCUAAAAAGAAGGUGAAGAAAGUUGAUGUGAUUGGUGGAGGUUUAAUGGGGUCUGGAAUAGCAAUGGCCCUUAUCCUUGCAAAUGUUAAGGAUUGGUUGCAAGGAAGAAGCUACCACAGGGUCAAGGUGAAAGGCAUUGUCAUUGCAACCAACCAUCCACCAUUGGACCUCAAUUUAAUUGGAGAAAAAAUAAAAUCUCAAGAUCGAGUUAUUGGGGCACAUUUCUUCAGUCUAGCUCACGUGAUGCCACUACUGGAGAUAGUUAGAACAGAAAAACAAUGUAAGGAUAAAUUACUUCCAGCCACGCCCGGUGGUCAGCCGCCUAAGUGA